AAUUAGUGUGUGUAGUUGUAUUACAGCGCAGUUGAAGCAAAAUCAACUUCUUCUUUCUCAUCAUCCAUGGCGUCAACGUCAACAUCAACGCCGGUGGGUAGUGCGGCGGCGCCGCCUCCACCGCCUCCACUCAAGGAUUCUUUUCUCCGCCGUAACAAGUUCCUUUUGCCUAUGAUCUUGGCUCUCAAUUUGUCUCUUGGAGCUUAUCUUUUCAUGACCAAAAAGAAAGAUGUGGGAACCGAGGCAGGAGAAGUGUCAGAUGUUCCUAGCAGUUCAGUUUCAUCAACAGCUGCUAUUACUGCAGUAGCUGGAAAGCAAGCAACUGUUCCAGCUCUUGUGCAGCCUGCUGUUGUUCAUGAACCAAUACCAGAGGAUCAACAACGAGAACUAAUGAAGUGGAUAUUGGAAGAGAAGAGAAAACUUAAACCAAAAGAUCCCGAGGAGAAAAAGCGCAUUGAUGAGGAGAAAGCUAUGCUCAAGCAGUUUAUUCGAGCCAAGUCCAUUUCAAGUUUGUAAUGGAGACCCUUCACAACUUUGAUACUACUGGCUUGGAGAUGUACAAAGGUUGGAUUUUCCCUUUUCACUGCAAAUAUGGCACUGAGGAAUCAAAUUGCUUGAACAAUGAAUGUAUAUUGGAUCUUUAUCUGAAUUGUUGACUUUUACAUGAAAUUUGUAAAUAGAGUGCUUUUCUCAUAAAAUGCAGCAGUGAAACUUGUAGUAAUGCAAGUUUGGUGUAUCGAAACACAAUUAUAGACGAGUGAGGAUUGU